AUGGUGACAAACUCCCCCGUCCUGACCCAGUCAUUGCCACAGCGCCCGGCUGAUGUGCAAAUUGUGAGUACAGACGAGAAUCAGGUAUUCCUGGCUCUGCAGGAGUGGUAUCAAACAGACAUGUACAACCUCUACCAGUCAGAUCCACAAGGAGUCUAUUACUCCAUUGUGUUGGAGAACGUCCGCAGCACCAAGCAGCCUGAAGAGAAUGUCCUCAUCGACAUCCUAGAGGUUCGUGGCAUCAAGGGCGUAUUCUUAGCCAAUCAAAAAAUAGAUGGAAAAGUGAUGACUCUCAUUACCUACAACAAAGGCAGAGACUGGGAACCACUGGCUCCUCCCACAACUGAAAUGAAUGGCAAACCUGUCAGCUGCAAGCAGCCUGACUGUCACCUCCAUCUCCACCUGCGCUGGGCUGACAACCCUUACGUAUCUGGAACGGUCCACACUAAAGAUUCUGCCCCAGGUCUCAUAAUGGGUGCAGGUAACCUCGGGUCUCAGCUGGUUGAAUAUAAAGAGGAGAUGUACAUCACCUCAGACUGUGGCAAGACCUGGAGACAGGAUGUGCAAAUUGUGAGUACAGACGAGAAUCAGGUAUUCCUGGCUCUGCAGGAGUGGUAUCAAACAGACAUGUACAACCUCUACCAGUCAGAUCCACAAGGAGUCUAUUACUCCAUUGUGUUGGAGAACGUCCGCAGCACCAAGCAGCCUGAAGAGAAUGUCCUCAUCGACAUCCUAGAGGUUCGUGGCAUCAAGGGCGUAUUCUUAGCCAAUCAAAAAAUAGAUGGAAAAGUGAUGACUCUCAUUACCUACAACAAAGGCAGAGACUGGGAACCACUGGCUCCUCCCACAACUGAAAUGAAUGGCAAACCUGUCAGCUGCAAGCAGCCUGACUGUCACCUCCAUCUCCACCUGCGCUGGGCUGACAACCCUUACGUAUCUGGAACGGUCCACACUAAAGAUUCUGCCCCAGGUCUCAUAAUGGGUGCAGGUAACCUCGGGUCUCAGCUGGUUGAAUAUAAAGAGGAGAUGUACAUCACCUCAGACUGUGGCAAGACCUGGAGACAGGUUUUUGAAGAAGAGCAUCACAUUCUUUAUCUGGAUCAUGGCGGUGUCAUUGUGGCCAUCAAGGACACCUCAAUCCCUUUAAAAAUACUCAAGUUCAGCACAGAUGAAGGACGAACAUGGAGCAUCCACAACUUCACCAGCACUUCUGUAUUUGUGGAUGGACUUUUGAGCGAACCUGGAGAUGAGACGCUGGUUAUGACGGUAUUUGGCCACAUAAGUUACCGUUCGGAUUGGGAGCUGGUGAAGGUGGAUUUCCGACAGUCAUUUCCCAGGCAGUGCACAGAAGCUGAUUAUGACUCCUGGAAACUCACUGACCUACAGGGAGAGAAAUGCAUCAUGGGCCAGGAGCGAAUGUACAGGAGGAGGAAAGAGUCAUCGUUCUGCAUUAAAGGGAAGAGCUAUACUUCAGCUUUAACAGCUAAACCUUGCCAGUGCACAGAGAAAGACUUUGCCUGUGACUACGGCUUUGAGCGUGCUCCCAGCCUCCGGUUAGAGGGGGAUCGCUGUUAUCCUGACUUCUGGCAUGAUCCUGACGCUCCACCUGAAAACUGCCACUUAGGACACAGCUACAAGUCCAGCACAGGUUACCGGAAGGUCAUCACUAAUGUUUGUGAGGGUGGCUUGAAUAAAGAACAGAGCGCGAAGCAGCAUUCCUGCCCUCUGCUGCCCCCUAGAGGUCUGCAGCUGGGCAUCAAAGGACAGAUGCUGGCUGUGGCACCUGGUGAUGACAUCACUUUUAUAGUCCAUCAGGAACAGGGGGACACCACCAGCACCAGAUAUCAGGUGGAUUUAAUUGAUGGCGUCAGGGCUAUAUAUGAAAACCUGACUGUCACAGAUGAACCCAUUCAGCACCGUUAUGAGAAGCCAGGUGUUUACCGUGUCAAUGUGAAGGCUGAAAACUCUGCUGGACAUGACCAAGCCACACUUUACAUCCAGGUCACAGGGUCACAAAUGAUCCGAGAUCUUUAUUUGACAGACUCUGCUUUUAUGAUGAAUUCCGAGGAGUUGAGGCUUAAGUUCAGUUAA